AUGCCGUCGCCCAUUCAGCCCGCGAUUCCCUCGAAAGCACCACGCACUCGUUACCAAGCAAAACGGGUCUCACUGCCAGGAGUGGUUAGAGUGCCUCUUGCAAAGCAUGAGCUUGAACGCUUUAGGUUUCGCUCCUCGAAUCCACUUAGAGCGGCCUGGCAGGAAGAGAAUAGGGGUCGCAGCGAUGGCUGGGACGAGAUGUUUGAGCGAUACGCCGCUGAGGCUGAUGGGGACGCUGAACAGUCGCGAGUAAAAGGCCCCGCGUCCAAAGACUCUCGCAGCGGCUUGCGCACGAGCGCGGCUUCGGUACACGUCUUGCCGCGCAAGCCUGAUCUUAGCAGCAGUGCCUCUGGAGCGUCUGCAGUAGCUUCCCACUACAACGCAAGGCCAGACGCUGGCCUUGACGCUAGGAGAGACAGCCCCAUUCUACCGCUUAGACAGUUCAAUAACUGGGUGAAGAGCACAAUCAUAACCAAGUUUGGCGCGCGGAACGGUCGCGUGCUCGAUCUUGGAGCGGGAAAGGGCGGCGACUUGCGUAAAUGGCACGCAAAGCACGUGCAAGAGGUCGUGCUCGUUGACAUUGCCGCACAAUCGAUUGAGCAGGCAAAGGCAAGAUACGAUGAGCGAAAGCAGACCUAUCACGCGGAAUUCUUUGCUUUCGAUGCGUUUGGCAGUGCGGUUUCUGAGCACAUUCCCGCAAGCAUACUGGAGCCUCUCUUCGACAAUGUCUCGCUGCAAUUCUGCAUGCACUACGCCUGGGACAAGGUGUCCAAAGUCAACCUGAUGUUGGAGAACGUGGCCAAAUACCUCAAGCCGGGCGGCAUCUUUAUCGGGACCAUUCCGGACGCUGACAGAUUGAGGCGAGAUCUCAAAGCGUUGCCAAAUGACGAAUUGUCCUUUGGCAACGAGUACUUUCGCGUUUCAUUCGAUCCUACAGCGCCACAAAAGAAAGAGACGUGCCCUGCGUUUGGCCACAAGUAUACCUUUUGGCUCAAGGAUGCCAUCGACGAGUGCGAUGAGUAUGUCGUCGAUUUUGAGCAGUUUGAAAGCCUGGCAAAUCAGAUGGGUCUUCGAUUGAUCUACCGCAAGACUUUCGAAGAGGUGUGGCUCGAGGUUGGAGAACAGAGGGACUCGGAAGCGCAUAGGCUGCUCGGCGCGAUGCGCAUUCCACAUCCAUCGACCUGCUCCAUACCCAUGCAACCUGCGCUUUGGGAAGCUGCCAGUCUCUAUCUAGCUUUUGCGUUUGAGAAGGCGCCCACACCAGCAUUUGGCUGA